AUGGACAGGGUCGUUGCCGUCGUUCAAAAGAACCGACAACUCGUUGUGGAAAACGUCGGCCUACCGAGGCUCCAACCUCACCAAGUCUACGUCAGCGUCGAGUGGGCAGCAUUCAAUCCCACAGAUAGGCUUGCGUUUGACGUUGAUGCAUUCGGAGAUGGCGCUGUCCUAGGCUGUGACUUUGUCGGCACUGUCACGCAAACUCACCCAAAUGUGAGCAGGUUGCAAGUUGGUGAUAGAAUCGCCGCGUUAGUUUGGGGUGGGGAGAUGAAGGGUCUUGGGGCCUACUCAUCCUAUUGCAUCGCCGACGAGCGCAUCUCGUUCAAGGUUCCGAACACCGUCGAGGGCCCCGAGGCCAGCGCCGUUCCACUUGCCGCAAACACUGCGUACCUGGCACUAUUUUCCGAAGAUUGCCUCGGCCUCUCGCGAGAUGUAUCUACCACUAAGCCUCCUGUGCUGAUCUGGGGCGGAAGUUCCGUCGUCGGAUACUUUGCCAUCCAACUAGCAAAACUUCACGGCUACCCGGUAGCCACCACCUGCAGCCCCCGCAACUUCGACUACGUCAAGAAUGCCGGGGCUACCUAUGUCUUUGACUACAAUGACGCUGAUGUAGUAGAUAAACUCCAGACUGCAGUACCGACGCUAUCACACGUCUUCGACACCAUCGGUAACGCAAGCUCCUCGGCGACGGCAGCCGCUGCUCUAAGCGGCAGACCUGGAGUUCUCUGUACAGUCCGUCCGGGCAAGGCAAACACCGAGGAGGUACCAAGCAACACCAAAGUGACUGAUGUCUUUGUCUUCACUGCGUUUCCGACGGCGCAUACCUACCGAGGACUGGUACACUGGCCUGUCUCUAUGCCGAAUCAUCUGCUUAGUGAUGAGCUGUACGAGCGCCUCCCAGGUCUACUUGAGAGCAACGCCCUCAAACCGCCUUCGGUGAAGUUGCUCGGAAGAUUGAGCCCUCAGUCAGUCAAUGAAGCAAUGCAAUUGAAUCGUGAAGGGAAAAUAUCCGCAGAGAAGCUAUGCUUUGAUAUCUCUUCUGCUUUCGGUGAGCAGAGCGUGUAA